GAAAGCCAACACCCUAGUCUACAGAGUGGUCACAGGGUACCCCUUUGCACAGGGAGACGGAGAUACCCUCCUCGCGAAUCCUAUAACAGAACCUCCACGAUCCCCAGAUUCAAUGUCUUCCUCCUCUAUCUCUCUCUCUUCGAUUGACUUGCUCCUGUUCUACUGACUUAGUUCGCCAAUUGAUACGAUCUCUUUCAAUUUUGAUUCUUGUCCGUUUUAUAAUGAAAAAGAGAGCUGGAACCACCGCUGAUAAAGCGGUGCUUAAUGUUUGGCAACGGGAGGUUGGUGACCUCUCCAGCCGGAAUUUCGCUCACCGUCUCGCUGCUUCUGAGGAUCUUGUUCUGCGACUUGAUAUAUACAAGAAGCUAGAUAAGCAUAGGGGUUGUGUAAAUACGGUAAGCUUCAAUGCUGAUGGUGACAUUCUGGUGUCAGGUUCUGAUGACAGGCGGGUUAUACUCUGGGACUGGGAAACUGAGCAUAUCAAGCUUUCUUUCCAUUCUGGUCAUAAUAACAAUGUUUUUCAAGCCAAAAUUAUGCCUUACACAGAUGAUCGAAGUAUUGUUACUUGUGCUGCAGAUGGUCAGGUUCGACAUGCUCAGAUUCUGGAGCGUGGAGUAGUGGAGACCGCAUUGCUAGCAAAACACCAAGGACAAGCUCAUAAGUUGGCUAUUGAACCUGGGAGCCCUCAUAUAUUUUAUACUUGUGGCGAGGAUGGAUUGGUUCAACAUUUUGAUCUGAGAAAUAGGCGUGCCACACAACUUUUCACUUGCCAACCAAUUGCUGAUAGGAGGAAUUACAUGCCAGUCGUCCAUCUAAAUGCAAUUGCAAUUGAUCCAAGGAACCCAAAUCUCUUUGCAGUUGCUGGGUCAGAUGAGUAUACUCGAGUUUAUGAUAUCCGCAUGUAUAAGUGGGAUGCUUCAACUGAAUUUGGUCGACCUACAGAUUACUUUUGUCCUUCACAUUUGAUAGGUGAUGAGAAAGUUGGAAUAACAGGCUUGUCAUUCUCAGACCAGAGUGAGCUUCUAGUCUCAUAUAAUGAUGAGUUCAUCUAUCUUUUCAUGCGAGACAUGGGAUUUGGUCCCAAUCCAGACCCAUCCUCUCGAGUUUCCAUGGGCAGUGAUGCAAGUGAAAUGAGGCCUAUGGAUGAUGAUGAAAAAACUGCGCCCCAAGUAUACAAAGGACAUCGAAAUUGUGAGACUGUGAAAGGGGUGAGCUUCUUUGGGCCUGGAUGCGAGUAUGUGGUGAGUGGAUCAGACUGUGGUCGGAUAUUCAUUUGGAAGAAAAAGGGUGGAGAGCUCAUUCGUGUAAUGGAAGCAGAUAAGCAUGUGGUCAACUGCAUUGAACCUCAUCCUCAUGCCACUGUGCUUGCUAGUAGUGGAAUUGAGACUGAUAUAAAGAUAUGGACUCCAAAAGCCCUUGAGAGAGCAACUCUGCCUACAAACAUUGAACAGCUGAAACCGAAGGCUAGGAGCAGGAGCUGGAUGUACCCUGUAGCUUCACCACUGGACCUGAUGUUGCAGCUAUUUUCUUUGCGAAGGCAGAGAAAUAGCCCAGAGCGGAAUGAAGAGAGCUCAGCUGCUGGUAGAGAUCUUCUAGAGUUUAUAUUGACAUUCAAUGCCAACAGUGAUUCAGAUGAUGGAGGUGAUUCAUCAAAUCGUGAUGACUUGUUUGGCUAGGAGAUAAUUGGCUGCCUUUGGCCUAUAAGAACCAUAGUAAUUGUACAUAACAUAUUGUAUAAGUCAAGCUAUUUUGUGAAGCCUCACAAAUUUUAAUGCCUAAGUGGCUAUUUUAUUCAAGUUUUCUCAUUCAUUAA